GCUGGCGCCCUCACUGCCUGGUCAAUGCCAACAGCCUCUUCCCUAAGCCAACAUGGCCGCCAGCGCCUCCAGUGGGCGUCCCGGCCUCUGACGUCACGUCCGGUCGCAGUCAGGAGAUGGAGGAGGUCCUGUGCUCUCUGGCAACGGGACAUGGAGCAACCGCCUGCCAUCGCUGACACCCACCGCAGGCACCGGUACUAACCUGUCAGCACUCCUCCUCCCACCAGGACAACAUGGCUGCCCUGCUCAGGAGAGGCUGCGUGCUUAGGCCCUCAUGGGCCACCAGGGCCCUUCCAGCCUGGGGCCACGGGGAGGGCAUGAAGGGUAAGGAGCUGCUUGGCAAUGUCUGUCUGUCUGUCUGGGUAUAGUGUGUCUAUCUGUCUGUAUAGUGUGUCUAUCUGUCUGUCUGGGUAUAGUGUGCUGGCAAUGUCUGUCUGUCUGGGUAUAGUGUGCUGGCAAUGUCUGUCUGUCUGUGUAUAGUGUGCUGGCAAUGUCUGUCUCUCUGUCUGUCUGUGUAUAGUGUGCUGGCACUGUCUGUGUAUAGUGUGCUGGCACUGUCUGUGUAUAGUGUGCUGGGCUCAUACAAUCACAGGGCUGCUAUAGGAAGACCAGACUCAGGACAGAGGGCAUUGCCCAUCAGAUGUCACAGGGGGAGAGGGAGAUUGGCCUCAGGCCUAGGACAGCCAUUCAUUGUCUGCCAGACAAAACUGCCCUCUGCUCAGACUGUGCCAGGGGGUACCACACUCACAUUCUACCAACCAAAACAGCCUUCUGCUGAGACUGUGCCAGGGGGUACCACACUCACAUUCUCAUUCUGCCAACCAAAACAGCCCUCUGCUCAGACUGUGCCAGGGGAUACCACACUCACAUUUAGUCUGCCAACCAAAACAGCACACUGCCCAGACUGUGCCAUGGGAUACCACACUCACAUUCAGUCUGCCAACCAAAACAUCACACUGCCCAGACUGUGCCAUGGGAUACCACACUCACAUUCAGUCUGCCAACCAAAACAUCACACUGCCCAGACUGUGCCAUGGGAUACCACACUCACAUUCAGUCUGCCAACCAAAACAUCACUCUGCCCAGACUGUGCCAGGGGAUACCAGGCUCACAUUCACAGUCUGCCAGACAAAACAGCCCUCUGCUGAGACUGUGCCAUGGGAUACCACACUCACAUUCACAUUCUGCCAGCCAAAACAGCCCUCUGCCCAGACUGUGCCAGGGGAUACCAGGUUCACAGUCUGUCAGACAAAACAGCCCUCUGCUGAGACUGUGCCAGGGGAUACCACACUCACAUUCUGCCAACCAAAACAUCCCUCUGCUGAGACUGUGCCAGGGGAUACCACACUCACAUUCACAGUCUGCUCAGACUGUGCCAGGGGAUACCAGACUCACAUUCAUUGUUUGCCAGUCAAAACAGCCCUUUGGUAGACCCAUAGUGCCAGUGCACAUCUGGUGCUUUACCUCUCAAGAGACUGUGCCAGGGGAUACCACACUCACAGGACUGGCAAAUGAAGACACAUAGUGCUAGUGCUCAUCUGGUGCUUUACCUCUGCUGAGACUGUGCUGGGGGGAAACACUCACAGGACUGGCAAAUGAAGACACAUAGUGCCAGUGCCCAUUUGUUGCUUUACCUCUGCUGAUCCCAUGGACAGGGUAAAUGGGGAUCUGGUCUAGGAAUUCCUUAUACUGUAAUUACCUUUUGUCUUAAAUCCUUAUUAUAUCCUAUAGAUUGUAAGUUAAUGGGCUAUUUAACUAAGUACUUUGUAUAAAUGAGCUUCAGUGGCUAGAUACCUCUUUACCUUUGGUAUUUGUCUAUGUAUUUUGUACGUUCUCCCCUAAUUGUACAGCGCUGUUGAAUAUGUUGGCACUUUAUAAAUGUCUGUAAUAAAUAAACGUGGCUUACAGAGCUGGCAUUUGGGUACCCUGAGGUCGUAUGCCACCCAACAUUGACUGUGUCGGGUUAUAGGAUUAACAGGCCACAGUAUCACACUUCAGUGACGCUGCAGUUUUGAAUGGCAAACUCCCCUUUAUAGGGUUAAACAUUCUAAUCACCUUUGUGGAGAGGUAUCAGUUGAUCUGCACAUUGGUUCCAUUCAUCUGGCCUAGGGGUUCUGUAUGAGCUAGGUUCAAACAAGGGGAGAAGUUGAUGGAGGUUACUAGUAUGUGUGAGUGCAACAGUUGGAUGUGGAAAGUACAAUGGGACAAUUCUGGAGCAAAAAGCAUCCAGCUCAAUGUUACUGCAUUUUGAUACAUAUUUCCCAUAAUGUCAUCAGCCACAAUAUUGUAACAUAAUAGCAUGUUCAGUGUCAUGGCACUUCCAAACCAUCUUGUGAAUUUAUUACCACUUAUUUGCUGUUUCUUGCUUAUUUGCUGUGUAAUCUUGUAUUAAAUACUUGUCUUUUUAAGGAAUGAGUAGUUGAAAUUAACUUUGUAUUGAGUUCAUUUGGCUAGAAUCUGGAUGUGAAAAGAAGUGGCACGCGGAUUCCCUUUACUAACUGUGACCUUGUGUGGAAGAGUCACACUUAAAAGGACACUCCAGUGCCAGGAAAACAAUCAAUUUUCCUUGCUCUGCAGGUACCCUCUCCCUCCCACCACCCAUCCCAUGUUGCUGAAGGGGUGAAAACCCAUUCAGUGACUUACCUGAAACCCCCGCCGAUGUCCCUCGGCGGUGGUUUUGAGUCUGCCCUUGCUCCUCCCCUGCCGACGUCAUCCGGCAGGAAAGACUGUAUGCGCGGCAGCUGGUGGGGGAGACCUAAUGCGCAUGCGCGGCAAUGCCGCACGCGCGCAUUAGACUUCUCCAUAGGAAAGCAUUGAAAAUGUUUUCCUAUGGGGAAUUGAGCAACGCUGGAGGUCCUCACACAGCGUGAGGACGUCCAGCGACGCUCUAGCACAGAAAACCUGUGCUAGAAACCAGGAAGUGCCCUCUAGUGGCUGUCUAGUAGUAUGCCACUAGAGGAGGAGUUAAACCUGCAAGGUAAUUAUUGCAGUUUAUGAAAACUGCAAUAUUUACAGCUGCAGGGUUAAGGGUAGUGGGAGUUGGCAACCAGACCACUCCAAUGGGCAUAAGGAUUAAGCCAUUACUCCUCAAUGACGUCGGAGGACGACAAGAUUAGAGCAGCGCCAAUGGAGUCUUGGUACUGGAAAGGUAAGCAUGCGCAUUAGGUCUCCCCCGCCAGCUGACGUCGGCAAGGAAGGAGUGUGGGCGGAGUCUAACCUGGGAUCAGAUAAGUCACUGAAGAGGUUUUAACCGAUUAAGUGCUGAGGGAGGGGGGCCCUGUAGGAUUCUAUAGUGCCAGGAAAACAGCUUUAUUUUCCUGGCAUAUAGAAUCCCUUUAAAUUCCAAUGUUGUGUAGAUAGUUAGGUACAUACCUUUCUCACACAGUUUUCUGAAUGCAAAGCUAGUAACAGGUUGAGGAUGCCUGCUAUAGCAGCUACCCAUCUCCUUCAACAAGAAAACCUCAGACUUCACUGCAUGAAAGCAUCCAACAAUUGACUCCCCGAUCACAGCUAAUUGUAGCUGUGAUCGGGGAGUCAAUUGUUGGAUGCUUUCAUGCAGUGAAGUCUGAGGUUUUCUUGUUGAAGGAGAUGGGUAGCUGCUAUAGCAGGUAUCCUCAACCUGUUACUAGCUUUGCAUUCAGAAAACUGUGUGAGAAAGGUAUGUACCUAACUAUCUACACAACAUUGGAAUUUAAAGGGAUUCUAUAUGCCAGGAAAAUAAAGCUGUUUUCCUGGCACUAUAGAAUCCUACAGGGCCCCCCUCCCUCAGCACUUAAUCGGUUAAAACCUCUUCAGUGACUUAUCUGAUCCCAGGUUAGACUCCGCCCACACUCCUUCCUUGCCGACGUCAGCUGGCGGGGGAGACCUAAUGCGCAUGCUUACCUUUCCAGUACCAAGACUCCAUUGGCGCUGCUCUAAUCUUGUCGUCCUCCGACGUCAUUGAGGAGUAAUGGCUUAAUCCUUAUGUUAUUAGCCCAUCAUUUGCUAGCUACUCUAGGGGUUGCAUUUGAUUGAUAACCAUGUUUGACUCAACAAAGAAGUGACUCAAGUGGCAAUUGAGAAAAAGUGGUCUGGACUUCUAGGCACUAUAACAAUUUAACAAUUUCAUUGAGAUGAAGUUGUUAUAGUGCCCAGAAUGUUCCUUUGAACAUGUGAUGCCAUUGAAGUAUGAUCUGAAAGUAGUACAUUUCGACUCCACACCUUUAGAUUGUAAGCUUCUUUGGACAGGGCUCUCAUUACCUUAUUUUCCCGUAUGUCAAACAUGUUUUGUUAGAAUGUAAUGUUUGUCUUGCUUACCUAUUGUACAGCGCUGCAGAAUAUGUUGGCACUAUAUCAAUUGUAAUACCUGAAGUAAUUACAUUUAUCAUCCUAUCGCUGUCACUGAAUAGCUUCAAAGUAGCUCUGAUUUGUUAAUUCUAUUGAUUAUGGUGUGCAGCAGCAGCCAAUGACAGAUCCUCAGCUGUUGCAGAACUAUUUCCUUGGUACUUUGCCAAGCAUCAUGGGAGAUGAGGUACAACAAAAUCUGGGGAUGUAUCAUUUGCCACCGCUAGUGUACAGAAAAGUGUGUAUUCUCCGGGCCCUUGUGGGGUUUUUUCAGGGGCACCGGUAAAUGCUCUUUUUUUAUUUUUUGUGUGUGUAUUUUGUUUGCACAAAUCAGGUGAGCUAGAAAUCUAUGUCAGAUAUGUGUUUAAAGGGACACUAUAGUCACCAAAACAACUUUAGCUUAAUGAAGCCAUUUUGGUGUAUAUAUCAUGCACUUGCCAUCUCAAUUCUCGAUUCUCUGCGGUUUAGGAGUUAAAUCACUUUGUUUAUGCAACAUGGUCACACCUCCCUUUAUGUGACUGGCACAGCCUUCCUAAACACUUCCUGUAAAGUCAUCUAAUGUUUAUACUUCCUUUCUAGCAAAUUAUGUUUAAUUUAAAAAUUCUUAUCCACUGCACUGUUAAUAGCUUGCUAGCCCCUGCAAGAGCCUCGUGUGUGUGUGUGUGUGUUUGUGUGUUUAAAGUUAAAUUUUAGGGAGCAGAAGAUACAAACUUUCAAAGUAAGUUACAUCUGCUUGAAAGUGAAACCAUUUUUUUUUUUUUCAAUCCAGCCUGUGUGAGUCACAGCCGGGGAGACUUGGCUAUGGCUGCAUGGACAGAAACAAGUGAUUAAAUUUCCUAGGCAUGAUCCAUACACCAAAACUGCUUCAUUAAAGGACCACUAUAGUGCCCUGAGGGUGCACCCACCCUCAGGGUCCCACUCCCGCCUGGCUGAAGGGGGAGGAAGGGGUUAAUCCCUUACCUUUUUUCCAGCGCCGGGCUCCCUCGGCACUGGGACUCUCCUCCCUCUUCUGACGUCCCUGGCUGAAUGCGCAUGCGCGGCAAGAGACGUGCGCGCAUUCAGCCAGUCCAUAGGAAAGCAUUCUCAAUGCUUUCCUAUGGACACUGGCAUCUUCUCACUAUGAAAAUCACAGUGAGAAGAGCGGAAGCGCCUCUAACGGCUGUCAAUGAGACAGCCACUAGAGGCUGGAUUAACCCACCGGUAAACAUAAUAGUUUCUCUGAAACUGCUAUGUUUACAGCAAAAAGGGUUAAACCUUGCUGGACCUGGCACCCAGACCACUUCAUUAAACUGAAGUGGUCUGGGUGCCUAUAGUGGUCCUUUAAUAAUGGAACUAAUGUUAUAGCAGGCAGUGUUGCUCCAAAUUGUAGCUGUGAUUUCUUAUCUCUUUACUAUACCUCUGAUCUGCUAAUUUAGGCCAAACUCUAAAUGGUAUGUGGUGCUUUGUAGAUUACUGCAAUAUGUAAUUCAUGGUGGUAUUCUGUCCUUUACCUUUCUAUAAAGAGCCAGUCUUUUGUUAAUGAAAGGAUAUUGCCUGUAAUUUGUGGCGUGUAAUGAGUGCUUACUUAGUCUUCCUGCUUGUAAAGAAGUAAUUACUGCUUUUUGUCUUGCUGUUUUAUAAUUAGCACAGUUUCACAGUAUUAAGAGGAUUUUGUUUCACUCUUAAACGGGACAGAUUUUCUGGAUGUUGGCAGAUCAGUGUCGUCCUAGCCCUGUAGUCGAAGAAAUACAUGUAUUAAUGGUUGCUGAGCCUGCCUUUCACUCUGUUUUCCUAAGCCUGUGUCUGAGUGACCUUGAAUUGAUGAUUACAGCUCCUUGUGGCCUGUGUGAGGUUUUGCAGGAACUCGUGCUCAAAAUACAAAUCUUUAUUUCCUUUUUCAUUGUCUUAAACUACUUGUUUUAAGAGGCUCAAAAUAUUUGGAUAAAAGUUACGUUGUGAACAAUAGCUAUAUAAACCACAGAUUUUAUUAAGUGUAAUGCUUUGACCUUCGUGCUCAAGUUCUGCCUUUAUAAAAGAGGCAUAUAGUGUCCUGGAUUCAUAGCUAUGGACUUUCCAUGGUAGUAAUAGUACUUUUUAAAAUGUACCCGGUACUUUCCAAGGAAGCAGACCUGCUUUAACCUUUGACUAUAAAAGUGUUUCUGAGAUACUAAGCGUUUAUUUCUGAACUGUUGGACAGGUUAUUCAAGGCCACCAUGGCAUACCCUGGCACUCUAGAUAUUAUUCGAUGCACCAGGUUACACAGUGCCAGCUGGCUAAUUAUGAUUGGAAAAGGCUCUAACUACUGUAGAACUAGGUUAGCCUUUGCUUUCUUAUGAGCUGUAGUGCCAAGGUAGACAUCACUAUCUUAUCUACUUACCCAUAAACAUGCCAUAUUGUUUUGCUCACUCGAAUAGCGAGAACAAUAAUCAGUGAAAACAGACAAUUUACAAAAUGGUCACUAAAUUCAAUUUACCAGUUUAGGGUAAAUGAUGUCAGGACUUUGCAGUAGCGCAUUUUUAUGUUGCAAAGUGACAAUCCUGGAACUUAAUGGCAUAUGUAAUCACCGUGCUCAGCCUUGCCUCAGCAUGAUAGUAAUAAUUUCGCUUUCCAAAACAAUAUGGCAUGCAAAGGGCAUUCGUAAAAAACAAACAAAAAAAACAGUGCCCCUGCACCAUCUCAGCAUAAUCUCUCAAACCGUUUUUAUUACAAUUUGUCACUCAGCUGGGUCACGGUAGAGCCCACAAUGUUUCUAGAUUUCCGGAGCUGGAAGCCAGAUGUAGGUUUGUUCAGAGAGUACUCAGCUGGUGCACUCUGCUAAUGAAGGCCUGCAUUGGCAUCCCACCUUUCCUGCUCACAAAGACCAAAAGCAGUCUCCAGGCUAGUAUAAUAAUUUGCCAAUUUUUCCAUCAUGUGUUUUUUUUUUUUUUUCGUCCGUUCGGUAACAUAUGGAUAUAUUAUUUGAAUGAAUGUCACACUUAUUAUUUAUUAAUUGAAACACAACCAAAAAAAAAACAGUACAAUGUGCUCGUAACAUUUCUUUAAAACCUUAUAGAUUAAGGUAUGAUAAUCUGAUAAAAAUGCUCGCUUUGAUAGAGAUCCAGUCAUAAAAGGAUACUAUGCAUUGUUGCACACCAUAUUGGCUAUUUUUCUUGGGUAUACAGUGAUGCCUUCUUUCCUGCCCCAACCUCACCUCCAAAUAGUGCAGUACCGAUCAGAGGAACAGUUCGAGUGUUUCAGGGUAUCUCCGGUCAAGCCCUUGAGGUGUAAAACGAAACCAGGCGAUCCUCAGAGGUCUUUAAGUCUGGCUGGAAAGCACAAUAAUCGCCCUGGGCUCCCUGUACACCUCUCCAGGGAUUCUUAUGCAACAUUAUUUUUUAAGCGCACAUGGGAUUUUAAAGUUUACUUUAUUCAUUUUUUAAUUUAUUUAUAUUUUUUUAAAAGAGAACUGUGAACAGUUCUCUCAAACUACUUAUAUUGGAGGUUUACAGUGUUCCAAGCAGCAGACUUUGACUUUUGUCAAUCAGACAUGGUAUCCUGAAUAGUUUGCAUAAGGAACUUUGCCCAAUGUCUUUGACAAGAGGUGCAGGCUGUUACUGUUCUACAGCAUAAUGGUUGUUGUUAUAAAGUUCACUUAAAUCAAUGUUAUGUUAAUAGAAGGCAGACUUGUGAGCAUUUAACAAAGCUGCAUUGUGUCCCGACUGGGCUUCCUUUGAUUUACUUAGAACAGGCGAUUUUGUUUUGGAUAAUGCUGUAAAUGUAUGGUUCCCCUAAAAUAAAUGGUUUAUUUGAUCCUUUACAAGAUUCCAGAAAAACCUCACUGAAUGAGCAAUGAGAAGAUACAUAGUCUUCCUGUUUAGUCCAAGCUUGUUGUGUUGUCUCAUCUGAAAAUUUUACUUCUGUACAUAAUGCAAAAUGCUGCAAGUGCAGCCAUCACCCUGAAUUUGAUAGAACAGCUCUUGCUAGUUGCUAGUUUUUGAGCUGUGUAUUAUAUCCAUGGCAUUAGCUAGUCAUGUUAAUCACUGUAAGAAAACUCUUAGUGUGCUUAUCCUGGUUUUAAAUUUUUUUUUUUUUUUUUUUUUAAAUGUAUUUCUUGCACAUAAAAUAGUAUUACUAUUUGUUGUAGUUACAAACACAGUUUAGUAACCCAGACUGCGUUUUAUUAUAUGCCUUGGUUUGUCUGGGCAACUCCUUUCUCUCUCAGCCCCCCACCCUUUUGGAUUAGUCAUCAAGCCACUGUUGUGCCGAUACAGUGUUGGAAUUUUGUGUUUGUUUUAUUGUUAAAUCAUUGGCAGAUUUAAUGGAAUAAAGAAAGCUGAGCUGAAUUGAAUAACACAAGCCACUUAAAGGACCACUAUAGGCACCCAGACCACUUCAGCUUAAUGAGGUGGUCUGGGUGCCUGGUCCAGCUAGGGUUAACCCUUUUUUCUAUAAACAUAGCAGUUUCAGUUUAUGUUUAUAAAUGGGUUAAUCCAGCCUCUAGUGACUGUCUCAUUGACAGCCGCUAGAGGCGCUUGCGUGCUUCUUACUGUGAAACUAUAGUGGUCCUUUAACCCUUUAAGAGGAUAUUCUUUUUUUUUCUAGUUUACUUUGUCCCUUCUUAAUCUGAUUACUGGAAGCUUUAUCUGAUUUUUAAUUCCAAAUACUGUGUGGUUGCAUCCCCUUAUGUUGGGCUGAAAGUUGUAUUUGCUUGUUUUGGUUCUUUGAUAUAAAGGUCUGCCAGUGAUUUGCUUAUGUUGCUUGGUCUGACAUUUUAAAAUGGCACUGUCACCAUCUGGGGACAUUGCCGAAUAUGCAAAGACCCCCAGCAGUGACAUCGCUGGGGGUCUGGUGCCCAGGGGAGGCCGAUAAAGGUGAGAUUUACUUACCUGAUCAUGUCCCUUACGGGCACUGCCAUCUCCCUUCAUUUGGUCCUCUUCAGCAGGAGCUGACCUCACUGCUGUACUCUUAUACAUCAACAGUAAACAGCACCCUAUAUAUAGUAAGGGUAUUUAGUUAUAAGUAAUAUAAAAACAAAAAUUACAAACAAAAUAUAGUGUAGUGAAUUGUAAAGAAAUGAACUGCACUCACAGAGAACAGAACAAGCUUAUGGGGUAUAGGCUCAGAUCACUCAUGUGGAUGUUUACCACAGUGACACUACCCCUCUUCUGUCUUCCAACCAGAACAUCUCAAAGGAAGAACAAGAACAAUGCAGAAAUAUCUAGUGCAGUAAGUUUGUCUGUAAAAUCACUAGACCAAGAAAGAGAACUGCUCACCUCAAAGGAACCCAAUGGGAACACCUGACCCUAUAGUAUUAAAACCACCACUUGCUCUUAAAUGGUAAUAAAACUUUUCUUUAUUUACCGUGCCGCGCUGGGCCCGCCACCGAUCCGCUUCCUUGCUGACCUCAUCAGAAUUUCGGAUUUUAGCCAAUCCAAGUAUUGGACGGGAGAGGAGGCAAACACCGACUUGGCCAAUCAGCACCUCCUCGAUGAGAAAAAUUCAGCGUCUUCAUGCAGAGUGUGGAGACAUUGAAUGGCAGUAAUGCACACUGUGCAGCAUAGCUCCAGGAAGCACAUCCAGUGGCCAUCUGAGUGGCCUCUUGAGGUGUCCUUGGGAGUCAAUGUAAACCCUGCCUUUUCUCUGAAAAGGCAGUGUUUACAAUUCCUGAAGGGAAUGAUUACUCACCAAAACAACUACAUUAAGCUUGUUACUAUAGUGUCCUUCCUAAACGGUUCUUUGUAAAAGCACUUGCGUGAUAAUAAAGGGGAACACAAACCCUUCUUUAGUGCAAAUAAAUUAGAAUCAAUAAGUCAUUGGCCGAUACCUUGAGACGCGUUUUGCCAUCUUGCAUCUUCUUCAGUCUGAUAUACCAGUUUCCAUAAAAUGUCCUUUUUCAAGUAGCCUGAUUGCAUGCAACCCCCAUGAGUCCUCUAAUCACGGCUUGUGUGGGCAAGUUCCUGGCAACUUCAAAACAUAAUUAUGAAAUCUUUCGUGAACUGGAAGUGACACGUCUGCAGUGUAGCGUCAUGCCACUUCUGAUUUUCUUGCAUCAAGAUGUGAUCUUGGUAACCUAUAAACAAGAAGACAUGAAACAUGUGUUAAUCAAACGUGUUAAUCAAGAACCUUCUCCAUUAAGUGUAUAUGUUUAUUUUAUAACAGACCAGUACAUAUCUAAUACUUAUAAGCAUUUAAAAAGUAUAACUAUUUUUAAAUGGCUAAACAGGAAUAGUCUUGAACUUUCAUCAGCUAGGGUAAUUCAUUGUUGCUAUAUAAACUAGUUGAAUAAUAAAAUCAUGAAAAAUGAGGGGCAGCUAAACAAGAUCAGGCAUAGUAAAUAAAAUGCUUAAACAGGGAAGUGAUGUAUCGGGUUUCUCUGCAGACUCCCUUCCCAUUGUAUACAUGUUAUCCUAGUUACCUGAUCUUAAAUAUUAAACGAGAACAUACUUAGAAUUAAAUUACACAUAAUGCUGUGUACUUUAUGACCUAAGAAAAUAAGCAGAUGGUUUAUAAACUGAUAUUUAAAGUGAACAACCUACAAUGGCCAAUAUUCUAAUGUACUAUUUAUAAACCAAUAGGUGCAGAGAAUUAAGGUGGGUGGAGGGGAUAAUGAAGUUUUUGUUUCUAUAUAACUCCGCACUAGUUACCCAUACUGUUUAUAGGAGUAGGUGUAUUUUUAUUAUAGCGCUCCUCUUAUCUCACUGGUGUUGGCUAAAUAUUGUGACCUUCCCAAGCCUGCCUUGGAUGACGCAUUUACUUUUAAAUUAGAAGUCAUUCAGUUGUGUGAGCUUCUGUUAUGUUUAAAAAGCAGCUGUUUGGAAAUCUUAAUAUAUUAAACUGUUGUAUCUCUGAAUUACAAUAUAUUGAUCAGUAAUACCUCGGCAGCUGAUUGUAAAUGUUUUUUUUCACCCUGCAAAUAUGAAUACCUUCCUUCACAGUUAUUUAUCCAACUGAUAUAUUUUUGUUGCAGGUAAUCUUGCUGAACGCGUGUGUCUAAGUUGCACUUCUCUGCGGUUGUCACUCAACAGGUAAGAAUGGGAAGUUUUACUGUAAUAAAUUCAACAUUGAAUUAGGGUAAAUCUGUUGGCAGAUAUCAUCUUUCUUGUAGUUAACUAAAUUCAGCAUAUUGUUUUUUACAACAUUUGUGCAUCUUGGAACACUGCAAGCCAGCUUUAUGAACACACACAGUUCUGCAUGUAGUCCUUCACACUUGCAGCACACCCUCGUUAUAAACCUGAUCUCAUUUACCUUGAAUGUAUUCUGGAUUUCAGCAACUGAAAGAUUGAAACCUGGAACCAAAUGCUCAAAUCCAAGAGAAUUUGCCGCUGUUUGACUGCAAAGUUGUUUCAGCAGAAUUUACUCUUUGAUUCAAGUUGAGUUGGAGUAAUUGUCCAAAUCUAAUAUAAACUACUACAUUGAUAAACAAUUAUUAAUAUCAUUUACAUAACUACCCAAGGAAAAAGGGUUAGCUAGAAUGAGUUACAUUUGAACCCAAUGAUGACAAUGCAAAAGUUUUUAGGUAUUAACAAUCCAUGCUAUGAUUGAUACAGGGCUCAAAAUUUCAAAUCUUUAUUUACCAUCCAGGCCUACAAUUCUCCUGCCCUAACAGACGUACAAGGCUAGCAGUUGUUUAAGGUGGUUAGUGUGUUUGUGUGAGAAUGGACAUUAAAUUAAGCAUUUCCCCUUUCUAUCCGGUCAGUUUAUUCAUUCCUUUUUGGAAGAACUUCUCCCAAUUGCCUCAUAGCAGGUGAGACACCGAGACCACCCAUGGGUAUGUUGCACAUUUGACUGCGAUCUAGGAGAGAAGCAUUCAUUUAGGGCUUAAUUCUCCGGACACUUAAGGACUGGAAGCAAGUGACGAGAACCAGUGGCAUCACUAGGGUUGAUGUCACCUGGUGCAGGAGCUAACCCCUUGUGUGUGUGUGUGUGUGUGUUAUCAUCACAAAGAUCCACACCAAUAUAACUCAGUGAUGCGCAGAGUACAUGAAUGUAUGGCAGAGCUCCUGUGUAGGGGUUGAUGAGUGGGAUAGAUGUGUGAUUGUAUGACAAUCUCCUGGGUUGCCUGUCAAUGCCCUGCAGACCAUGAUGUGCUGGCUUUAGGGAUGCAUCUGCUGCAGCUGCUCCCGAGGGUAAGGUCACUCCAUCAUGAGCGAAUUACUUGAGUAGAGUAAGGUCCUGCCGGGUGGUGUCACCCUCCCCGCCCCUAAAGCUUAUCACCCAGGUGUGGUCUGCACCACGUUAGUGACGGCACUGCUGUAUACUGUCUGUUACAAGCAUGCCCCAUUUCCCUGUGGCUUGUGCUGCAGUUAUCCAGGAAGCCAGAUGUGACAUUACGGAAUACUGCAGUACAAGCCACGGGGAAUCGUGUUUGUAACUAAAUGAAUACAGCCUUAUGUCUCUUUGGCUCUUGAUGUUGGUAGACGUUCUAUUCCUGGAGCCUCCAGAGCUUCUGCUGGCUUCCGGUGGUCACAUGUGAAAUGCAGCCACAGAUAAUUAAAUAUUUUUGCCUAGCCUCUCACAAAGUCUGGAAAUUCUAAACCCUGAUUUAAAAAAAAAAAGUAAACAAAUUUAUAUAUAAAUAUUAUUUUGUAAAUUCGUAUUAAAGGACCACUAUAGUGCCGGGCUGAAGUUGGAGGAAGGGGUUAAACACUUAGCUUUCUCCAGUGCCAGGCUCCCUCAGUGCUGGGGACUCUCCUCCUCCUUUGGACGUUACUGACAGAAUGCGCAUGCGCGGAAAGAGCCGCGCACACAUUCAGUCAGUCCAUAGGAAAGCAUUCUCAAUGCUUUCCUAUGGACAGCAGCAUCUUCUCACUGUGAAAAUCACAGUGGGAAGCGCCUCUAGCGAUUGUCAAUGAGACAGCCACUAGAGGCUGGAUUAACCCUAAGGUAAACAUAGCAGUUUCUCUGAAACUGCUAUGUUUACAGCAGGCAGGGUUAAUCCUAGAUGGACCUGGCACCCAGACCACUUCAUUGCCUAUAGCGGUCCUUUAAAGUGAUAUGUUAAAUCCUUUGCUUAUUGGCUGCUUGUGCUGUCAGUGGUUAAAUACAGCAGAGCUCUGUAAUGCUGGUGAAUUUAUUUUACAAAUUUGCCUUUUACAAGGUUUUGUUCUGCCUUAAUUUGGAUGCAAUUUUGUGUCUGACGAAUUUGUAAAUCCUACAUUUAUCAUGUGUGACUUUACUUUAUAUAAAGUAACUUAAUUUUCUUCCAAUAUGAUAAUGUAAGUAUUUUUUCCUCUGUACACCUUGUAUAUAAUCCAUAUUUUUCUUUGUUUAGAAACUUUGAAAGUUAUUGCACUGCAACCCAUUCUGUUUACAUUUCCUCAAGGAGAGGGAAUAAUGGGUUUUCACGGACAAGCCGGUCUGAUAGAACAUAUUUUAAUAACUCACCGGCGACCUGGAUCACCGUCACUCGCCCUGCUAAUGUGGGACCACAUUACUGUGCAGUGCGAGGCUUGCACUCCUCUCGACCCCUGCUCGAUGACUCCGUGGUGGAAAAAUCAUUGAAGUCCUUGAAGGAUAAAAAUAAAGUGCUGGAAGAAGGAGGUCCUGUAUAUAGUCCACCAUCUGUAGAAACUGUUAAGAAGUCUAUCGGACAGAAAGUAAUGGAUGAGGUAAAACACUACUACCACGGCUUUCGACUGCUGUGGAUUGAUACCAAAAUAGCAGCUAGGAUGAUGUGGCAGAUCCUCAAUGGACAUAUCUUGUCUCGGAGAGAAAGGAGACAGGUAAGCUGAAAUCAUUGCAAUCUAUAUAAAUCCUAAUUUCCAAGUAGUAGGAGAAACUGAGUUAAGAGAACAAAGAUGUCACCUGCAGUCUUCCUAGAAAACCAUUUGAAAGCUUGUGAAAAUCACAUACUGGUUAAGUGUGAAUACCAUGCAUAUGUUGUACAUACGAGAUUAUGCUAAGUUUUUAAUUUGACAUCACAGUACAUGUAGGGACGGGAUGUUGCUGAUUUUUAGGUGAAAUGAGACCUGGACAGGGGAGCUCCUUGCAUACCCUGGAGCAUAAGUGAUUAUGGAGUUUGGAGUAUAUCAGUUGACCCCUCCUAUACAGACUAUCCAUACAUGGCAGUUUUCAAACAUGUGCAGUUUGAUUUUGCAAAUCAAGUUUGUAACAUUUCACUGUAGGUUCACUGUAAAAGAGACGUCUUUAUACUUUUCUCUGGUUUUUACUCCAGGGUUUAACAUUUGCAGUCCAAACCUUAAAAGUUACACCCAUCGCAAGCAAUAGAAUGCUCAACAAGGCUUUGCUCCUACUUACCAAGUUACAUUUUUGCUUGCCAGUGACUAGUGGUGAGGGGAGAUUUUAAGCCCUGUUUAUUCUAUAUUUAAUGUUUGAUUUCUAUAUUUUUUUUCAUUUCAGUUUCUGAGGAUAUGCGCUGACCUCUUCCGCCUGGUACCCUUCCUGGUUUUCAUUGUCGUUCCUUUUAUGGAGUUCUUGCUUCCAGUUGUACUGAAAUUAUUCCCAAAUAUGCUGCCAUCUACAUUUGAAACAGUUUCAAAGAAGGUAAAAGCAUCUCCUGCCUCCUAGCUGCAGUGUUUGCACGACAGUCAUUCCACUUAUUGUUUGACUUUCCCAGAUGCCCUGAUCCCCCUGAAAGAAAACUGUUUGUAUUAAUAAAAGAGGGACCUCCACCUGGCCAAUACAAAGAACAUAUAGCGUCUCAGUGGCACUCCCAUCCAGUGAUGGCUGUGCAUGUUGUAAAUAUGGCUCUCCACUCAGUUGUAAUGCAUUUUAAUUGUGUUCUCGUGUAUGUAUGCAAAACCCAUUAGCUAUUUUAUUGUGUAUUUGUAAUUUGUUUUUGUUUUAAACCUUUAUUACAUUCUGAAGUGAUGCAUCCAAUAUCAAAAUGUUAACCGUGCAUAGUAGUGUUGAGUAUCACUAAUAUCCUGUCACUACAUAGAUUAGCUUCAUGUCAGUCUCACUUCUGCUUUCCUAGGGUGCUAUAUGUCAUGGUGCUCAAGUUUGGGGUGGGGGGGGCUACCUGAAUGUAAACACUGAGUAAGACCGCAGUCUAGAUCAGAAUAUAAUUGUAUUGUAACUCUUUCUUUGUCUCACAUCAUAGCUAUGUAACAUCACUGCUCGUUCUGGAAUUAAGUUUUUCUUUUUGAUUGAUAAUUUUUAAUUUGUUCAUGCAGAAAGUAAUUGUAUACUUAUCAGAUCAGCAGAAUAUUAAUUGACUUAAUCCUUUACAGGAGGAGAGGUUGAAGAAAGAGCUGAGGGUAAAACUGGAAGUGGCCAAAUUUUUGCAAGAUACAAUAGAAGAAAUCGCAUUAAAAAACAAAGCAGCCAAGGGAGACGUUACCAAUGAGUUUGCUACAUUCUUUCAAAAGGUAACACAUGACUUGGGAAUAAUCAAAACCUUAUACUAAAGAAUAGUUGACAGGGGAAGUUUAUGAAGGUUUUUUUUUAAAUUUUUUAAUUUUAUUUUAAUUAAAAGAAAACUAGUGUCAGAAAUACAAAUGUGUAUUCCUGAUGUUAUAGGUGUUAAACCUAUUUAGCCCUCCGGUUAUAAAGGUGAUUUGCCCACCUUUUUCCAGCUCUGCCCAGCUCCAUUCAAAUAUGCCAAGGACUUUCUUGUCUCCGCCCCCCCUUCUGGCAUCAAUUGUGAUGUCUCCGUGUUUCGUCUACGGCUUCAUCAGAACGUUAUUGGUAAUACACACCGUCUUUGAUCAUGGUGCUUAAGGGCAAAACAGUUCUGUCUACGUGAGGUCCUUCCACAAGUCCCAAAUUUACAUAUUAACUCCUCAUGUCCAAGAUCCAAUUAGUCAAUGUUACACAGGAGUAUUUAACCCCUUGGGUGGGCGAAGACCAGAAAGUCCGUGACAUAUUUAAUUGCUAAUAGGAUCGUUCCGGAGACGGAGCUGCAAGGGGGGGAGAUGCUGUUAGCGAGACUGAAUUAACAUCUCCUACUGACAAAACUUUGUGAGUAGCGGCGGAUGUGCUGCACAUUAUUUUUAUCCAGUAAGGGGCAGUCAUUCUUAUCCCCCUGUUUUGUGUUAUAUAUUAAUGUAUGUUCUGUGUGGUUUUUUUUAAACUUAAUUGUUAAUAAAUCUUGUGAGACUCGUCAUGUUUAUAUGUUAUAUUGUUAUAUGACAGGAUUAUACUAUUGCCGGGUUUUUAAAAAAAAAAAAAAAAAUUUUUUAUAUGCAUAUAAAUUUCUUCAACUUGGAGUAAAAAUAUCAACAUAUGUAUACACUUUUCUAAUUUUUUAUAUCUAUUUUAGAGUGUACUCUACUUUUUAGCGCGCCACUUUAUAUACACUUUUAACUGAUUGUGUGUUUUUGGGUUUUCUAAUCCUAAAUGGCGCAUUAGUGUGUAGCUGCUUAUGUAUAUAUCUUUUUUACAAAAUUCAAUCUAAUUUUAUUUUCUUCCUGUAUCGUCAUUUAAACCCCCCAUUUUUUAAUAACCCUUUUAUAUACACUGUUCAAAAAAAUAAAGGGAACACUUAAACACAGUGUAACUCUAAGUCAAUCACACUUCUGUGAAAUCAAACUAUCCACUUAGGAAGCAACACUGAGUGACAAUCAAUUUCACAUGCUGUUGUGCAAAUGGGAUAGACAACAGGUGGAAAUUAUAGGAAAUUAGCAAGACAGCCCCAAUGAAGGAGUGGUUCUGCAGGUGGUGACCACAGACCACUUCUCAGUUCCUAUGCUUCCUGGCUGAUGUUUUGGUCACUUUUGAAUGCUGGCGGUGUUUUCACUCUAGUAGUAGCAUGAUACGGAGUCUACAACCCACACAAGUGGCUCAGGUAGUGCAGCUCAUCCAGGAUGGCACAUCAAUGCGAGCUGUGGCAAGAAGGUUUGCUGUGUCUAUCCGCGUAGUGUCCAGAGCACGGAGGCACUAUCAGGAGGCCGUAGGAGGGCAACAACCCAGCAGCAGGACCGCUACCUCCGCCUUUGUGCAAGCAGGAACAGUAGUAGCACUGCCAGAGCCCUGCAAAAUGACCUCCAGCAGGCCACAAAUGUGCAUGUGUCUGCUCAAACAGUCAGAAACAGACUCUAUGAGGGCCCGACGUCCACAGGUGGGGGUUGUGCUUACAGCCCAACACCGUGCAGGACGUUUGGCAUUUGCCAGAGAACACCAAGAUUGGCAAAUUCGCCACUGGUGCACUGUGCUCUUCACAGAUGAAGCACUGAGCACGUGACAGAGUCUGGAGAUGCUGUGGAGAACGUUCUGCUUCCUGCAACAUCCUUCAGUAUGACCGGUUUGGCAGUCGGUGAGUAAUGGUGUGGGGUGGCAUUUCUUUGGGGGCCCGCACAGUCCUCCAUGUGCUCGCCAGAGGUAGCCUGACUGCCAUUGGGUACCGAGAUGAGAUCCUCAGACCCCUUGUGAGACCAUAUGCUGGUGCGGUUGGCCCUGGGUUCCUCCUAAUGCAAGACAAUGCUAGACUUCAUGUGGCUGGAGUGUGUCAGCAGUUCCUGCAAGACGAAGGCAUUGAUGCUAUGGACUGGCCCGCCCGUGCCCCAGACCUGAAUCCAAUUCAGCACAUCUGGGACAUCAUGUCUCGCUCCAUCCACCAACGUGUUGCACCACAGACUGUCCAGGAGUUGGCAGAUGCUUUAGUCCAAGUCUGGGAGGAGAUCCCUCAGGAGACCAUCCGCCACCUCAUCAGGAGCAUGCACAGGCAUUGCAGGGAGGCCAUACAGGCACGUGGAGGCCACACACUCUACUGAGCCUCAUUUUAACUUGUUUUAAGGACAUUACAUCAAAGUUGGAUCAGUCUGUAGUGUGUUUUUCCACUUUAAUUUUGAGUGUGACUCCAAAUCCAGACCUCCAUGGGUUGAAAAAUGUGAUUUCCAUUUUUUUGGGGGGAUUUUUGUGGGAUUUUGUUGUCAGCACAUUCAACUAUGUAAAGAACAAAGUAUUUCAGAAGACUAUUUAAUUCAUUCAGAUCUAGGAUGUGUUGUUUUUGUGUUCCCUUUAUUUUUUUGAGCAGUGUAUGUGUGUGUGUGUGUGUGUGUGUAUAUAUAAUAUCUGUAUUAUUUUCAUGUCUACAGAGCUAGAUAAAAAGUAUAAUUAAUAUAAAUAUAUAUAUAUAUAUAUAUAUAUAUAUAUAUAUAUAUAUAUAUAUAUAUAUAUAUAUAAUACUUUUUAUCUAGCUCUGUAGACAUGAAAAUAAUACAGAAUUCCUUUUUUUGCAUUUGUGAAGAUCAGGAGCUCCGGAGAGAGACCAAGCAAUGAGGAGAUUGUCCGAUUCUCCAAGUUAUUUGAAGACGAGUUGACCCUCGACAAUCUAACUAGGCCACAGCUUGUGGCUCUUUGCAAACUUCUGGAACUUCAAUCAAUCGGAACAAACAACUUUCUACGCUUCCAGCUCACCAUGAAGCUGCGAUCCAUUAAAGCCGAUGACAAGGUAAACAGAUUUGAUAUUGGAUUUUUUUUUGUUUAUAAUAUAGAGAUUAGAAGGUACACAAGCAUAAAGGAAAUCCAAGUGCCACCAAGCAAGAUCGGCUUUGCUCCACAAAACAGACACAAAGACCAGGCACAAAUUAGAUCUAAACCAAGAUUGAUUUAUUGAGAUAUAAAGUACAACAUUUUGACUUCUAAGUUAGACAGAGGUUCUUUAUACCUCAAUAAAUCUGCCUGGGAUUGUGCCCACUCUUUCAUCUUUUUGUUUAGAAACCUGCAAACACAUUUCUCUGCUCUGUACAGUAUCCAGUAGUAGUUUCUGAUCUCACAUUGUGGGAAUGAAGAGACUGUUUUAGAAUUAAGACGCCGCCAUAGCCCAAGCCUGCUGUGGCCCACGGCCUGCCGUAGCCUGAGCCUGUGGUGCUCUUCUCAAUUCCAUCAAAAUUCUCCUUGGAUCAACAUUUGUUAACACUGUGUGUUUGAAUUUCACUGAAACCAGAAGCAUUUAUUGUGAUGCACAGAUAUUAAUGAAAACAUAAUUCUUAAUAAAAAAAAAUGUAAUUCACCUUCACCUAUCCCAGGUAUAUAACAGGCAGCUGGUAUUUUGCUUUCCCACACCUCCUUAAAUAAAUCCUGAUUGGUUGUCUCAAAUGUUAUACUAAUAUUAUUUUUCUUUAAACCGUAGCUCAUUGCCGAAGAAGGAGUAGACAGCCUGAAUGUAAAAGAACUACAAGCAGCCUGUCGUGCAAGGGGAAUGAGAGCGCUCGGCGUCACAGAGGAACGGUUGAGAGACCAGCUUAAGCAGGUUAGUGUUUUUUUUUUUUUUUAGUUUUUUUUUCUGAAAUGAUCUUGCGUUCUGAGUAUUUCUCUCAGUGGUUAUAUUACUAAGCCAAAAUGUAUUGUUGGUUUACAACAGAGCUGGAAAAUGCAGGAUACAGCUCUGCUUUUUCUCUAAUCACGGUUUAUUGUAAAAAAAAUAAAAAAAAAUAAAAAAUUCCCCAGUAAGAGGAUCUAUAAAGGGGCUAAACAAAGGAUGCAAGUACAGGAAUUGUUGUACUUCCACUGCUCGGGGGGGGGGCUACCUUUUGGCCAUCCCUGGGUUAACUGUCAUUAUCGUUUUUUAUGAUCUCUAGCCAUUAUUGAGAAGUUUCAAGCUGAAAUGUUAAAGUGUCCCCAAAUAGCAACAAAAUGAUUAACCACAAUUGUAUAAUGUGUGUGGGUUGUGUGUUUUGUUAGAUUUCUUUUCUUUUCUUUUUAUCCUAUUUGUUUUAGCAACCUUAUGCAGGGUACCAUCCACAUACUACCAGUAAUUCGGUAUAAAGAUUGGAUUGGACACCUCUUAAGUUUGAAACUGCCCUUUAUUGGUGACAUCAUGACCCGAUGCCAGUUUUGGCUUAGUAGUUCCGUAGAACAUACAAUCAAUAGUAAUGACCGGACAAAACAAGUUAAUAGAACACUAUCGUUUUAUAAAUAUUUGUAAUGCGGGAUUGUUGUGGAGUCUUGUGGGCCUGCUUCUCUUCCCCAAUGCCUGUGUUAAAAAAAAAGGGGGGUUAACUUGCCUCAAAUCCUGCAUGUACUUUAGGAAUGUUCCUUAAAACAACAGUUCUAUUAUUAUAAUUCUAUUAUUAGACAAGUUAUUACUGUUAACCCCCUCCUCCAAUUCUGAAGCUUGUCCGUUGCUGCAAGACCUGGCUACUGUCAGACUUCUCACGUGUGAGGCACUACAGCCCGAGGCAGCCAUUUGCUGUAGGCACCAAAACAAUUUGUGCAUUGCGAAUCUGAAGAUGUAAGUCAGUCAAAGCAUGUGUCUGCAACUGCUGGAUGUCUCAAGGAUGAGUCAUCCAGCAAUAGUGCUGCAGUGCCUGCCCUGGCAUUGGAUCACUGUGACAAGCUGAUGAAAACCAUUAACAUACGUUUUUUUCUAGAACUGUUUUUAGUGUAAAAGCUUAGAGCAGUUAUUGCCAAAAAGUAGCUCUUUAGAUGUUGUGGAAUUACAUAUCACAUGAUGCUUUGACUGUACGUUCUUGUAAACCUGACAAAUGUUACAAAGCAAUAACUUUUUCCUUCAUUGUUCUAGUGGUUGGAACUACACUUGAAUCAGGAAAUUCCUACAUCAUUACUCCUUUUGUCCAGAGCUUUGUAUCUCCCGGACACACUGUCACCAGCUGAUCAGCUCAAAACAACCCUGCAGACUUUGCCCGAAAGCAUGGUAUAUACAUCAGCUCUAUCCUGGCUGUUCUUCAUUUAAAUGAAUGCAUAGAAUAUGUAUUGUGGUAGUCAUUAGGCCUGAACAUACAUAGCACACAUGACAGCGAUAUCUGUUUCAGUGAGUGAAAAUAAGAUCCUCGGAAUACUGUACUAACGCAAGAGAGGUUUGCUAUUGUUAGUGAUCUUUUAGCUAUACGUUAUCCUGUAUUUUAAAUCACUUUUAACGGUUAUUUGCUAAUUUUAGGUAAAACUGGAAACAUUCUCUGAGUCAGCUAUGCUUCCAGUGCGGUUACUCUAGCUUUAAAUUUGAAAUUAAUUUUGAUUUCUCAGUUUACUAAUUAAUCCUGGUUUUGUCUACAACAUUUAUUCAAGAACAUAUGAUUAUGUUAAGGCAAAUAUUUUGCUGACCGCAUAUGAUUUAAACAAACAAAAAACAACAAAAACCUCUUGAGCCCCUCCAGCCGUGCUUAGAGUAAUUAGGUAGCUUGGCUAGGGCAUUAGAUAAUUGACAUGGGUGAGAUGAGGAUUUGGCGACCUGUGACAGAUUAACAAAGGUAAGGGUGUUGGCUAGACCAAGAUAUGUUUGUAAAGCUGAACAUGUUAUGACACAUGAUGGCAAGUUUACAGGCUGGUGAUAUGAGGAAGAACGGUGUGUUGAAGACUGAGCGCUGUCUGAAAGAUGAGACCAAGAGUGUUGCCAUUCUUAUUGCUUAGAUGAUCUAUUUAACUCCUUCAUGACUACUCUUAUGCCAUUCUUUACCUGCCAAGUCACUUGUCAUGAAAGAGUUAACAGUUCCUCUUCUUCAGUAUGGCAGACUUGGUGUAAAUCGACCUAUCAUGCACAGACUGUGUGGAUAAUUGAGAUCCUUGGAUGCUUGGAUAACGUCUGCUUUGUUUGUGGCUGCACAGGAGACAUCACUGGAUGCAAGAAGUGACAUUGUAGUGAAUGUACAAAGACCCACUGCUAUUGUGUUUUUAUACCCCACCCCCUGUAGAUUGUAAGCUCCUUGGAACAGGUUCCUCACAAACUGCUUGUUCCUGUCACCAUUUGUAAUAUUUUAUCAUUUUGUUGUUAAAUCCUCUCUUUGCAUUAUUAUAUUGCACUCUUGAAUAAGUUGUCCCUGUAUAAAUGUGACUAAGUUAUUAGGUAUGGAUUGACUGCUUCAUUAGUAAUUUGCUCAUAGAACGUUGGUUAUAUCAGGUUUAUAGAAGGAACAUAUACCAAAAUUAUGCUGUAUAAUAUUGGGUGAUUCAGAUUGCUUAUAGUUUUUUUUUUUUUGCUUAGUUUUUUCUCCCUGACAUGACCUUUCAGCAAGUUCUGCAAGUGCAGCAUGUUCUAGUUUACCAUCCUAUGAGUUUAGGUUAUUUAAUAUGUGUUGCUUUCUCUCCUUCCUUAUCGUGAUGUGCUUUGUGGCUGUAUGAUCACCAUGCAGCUGUGUGAUCUUUCUAAUAACGUUGUAAUCCUGUUUCUCAGGCCAAGGAAGCGCAGGUUAAAGUAGCUGCUGUUGAGUGUGAGAAAGUGGACAAUAAAACCAAACUCGAAGCAACCCUUCAAGAGGAGGAGGCGAUCAGGAAAGAAAACCAGGAGAAGGAAAUGGAGAGAUUGGCAGAGGCUGCCAAAGAAAGCUUGCAGGCUGCAGCCAAGGUAAUUGUAUUCUUCUUGUCUGUUUGACCAGAACCCUUCUAUGUUGAAUUAUUAAAUUUAACUAUUACCAAUGCAGUAUAGCUCUCCCUCUCCUUUCCCCUUGUCCCCCAAUCCCCCAAUAAAUACAAUAAUUCUUUUAAAGCAGUGCAGGUUCCACAUAGCUUUCACAUACAACUUACAAGUCUUGCAUCAUAAAUGUGUGAUUUUAAAGGGUUAUUCUAAGAACUUUGCAUAAAAUGUAACAUGCCUACAAGGGAAGCAAAUUAUUUUGCCUCUUUUUUGUUUCAGGAAGUGUGUAGAUAGGCUGUUGAAGUCUCAGCCAGGAGAGGAGUGGCUAGGGCUGCAUAAACAAAGUGAUUAAACAUAAAUAACAGAGAAUUGGGCAGUGAGAUGGUAGGCACAUGAGCUAUACCAUUCUAUAUCAUUUAAAAAUCGUAACGUUUUAUUUUUGCGCUUUUAUCCCUUUAAACACAGCCUGGUUCACUAAACCAAUCUUAAUAUUGUCGACUAAUAAUUUUAGUCUGUUUUUUUAGUCGACUAAAACAAUUCAGAUGACUAAAAUAUGGCAUUUUAGUCAAAAGACUGACUAAAACUAAACUGAAAUUUGCUGUCAAAAUUAACACUGCACAGAGGGGCUGUGGAAGGGGCAAAAGAGACAGAGGCUCUAACUUAACCCACUAGAAUUUAGUUGUUGACUAAAAUCUACUGGAGAUUUUGUCAAGAGUAUGACUAAAACUAAAUUUUCCGCCAAAAAUUAGCACUGCACUAAACCGUAAACUAAGAUGUAUAAACUGAUAGCAGCUGCAGUCUGGCUAUUAUCAGUUUAAACAGAAGUCCCAAUCAUCCUGUUUGACUAAAACUGCUCUUUAAAUAGAUAAACUUAUUAUCUGUUAAUCCCAUGCAGGACAGAGAAUUAUGGGAUAUUAUCUGUCCACAUAUACGAGAAUGAGGCACUGCUGAUUGGAGCUUCUCAGCUGGGUGUGAGAGUGGACCGCUUGCUACUGCAUUGUUCUAUGACGGUUAUAAAAAGCAUAAAAAAUUAUGUAAUAUUUUGCAUAAGCCAACCCUUUAAACCCAAACUAAACACUGAUGCUGUAUUUAGCCAGGAAUUUAAAAUCUUUCCAUUAGAGAGAUGUGAAAAGUGUGUUUACCUUACUCUGUUUACUGUAAGUAAGGCGCCAUUUUUUUUGUGUUUAUGGGAAGUCUCACAAAGAAAAUUUCUUCUUGCCAUGUGCCGCAUAAAAUAAACUUUCCUACCUUUUCCAAGACAUUUAUAUUCCUAAAUAUUUAUCUAAAUAAAAAUAAAGGAACCUGAAAACAUAAUUUAAAGGGAUGGCCCCGUCCCCGAUCCGCCUCCUUGUCUGACAUCUUCAGAAUUAAAAAUCCUAGCCAAUACGGUGGUUUCCCAUAGGGAAAGCAUUGAAUUGGCUGAGAUUGUCAAGGAGGCAGGGCCAAAUGCCGGCUUGGCGAAUCAGUAUCUCUUCAUAAAGAUGCAUUCAAUCAGUACAUCUCUGUGAGAAAUGUUCAGUGUCUUCACAUUUAGUGGAAACACUAAAUGUCAGUCCUGCACGCUGUGCAGCACUGCCUCAGGAAGCACCUCUAUAAGCCACCUGAGGAGCAGCCAGUGGAGGUAUUCCUAGGGAGCAAUGUAAACACUGCCAUUUUCUCUGAAGGCAGUGCUUACAGCAAAUAGACCUUUAAUCAGUAGUUGUUCUGGUGACUAUAGUGUUCAUUUAAAGCUCUUUAGUAAACAUGUAUCCAAUAUACUGUACUUGAAUGUCACACACUGUGCAUCUGCUGACCUUCAUGCUAUUUGUGACUGUGUUAUGCAAGAUGUUUUAAUUAAGACAGAUGUAACCUUUCUUGCCUGACUUGGAUUUUAAUUUUGGCAGAGUGUCUGAGGUAAUCUUUUUCUUUACACAAUCCUCUUGGAAAUUCUUUGCUAACCCCUUUAGUCUCCUUGAAUGACUUGGAAAGGAUGUAAGCAGUUGUAAGGCACUCGGCAAAGUUAAAAAUUGAUUUUUUUUAAAUUGUAUUUCUAAAAGUGUUAUGUUAGAUAUUCUAUACAGAAAGAUGUAUGCAAAUUCAAUAACUGGAAUGUGAAUGUCUGACUGAAACCAGAUGGAUGCGAUAGGCACACUUUAUGUGGCUGGGUGCAUGAUCAUAAGGUCCAUCAGAAUUUAAAAAUUAAAUAAGGAAAAAGCUGCAACACCAGGCUUCUGUGGAUGGGUUUCAUUUCACCCAAGGUGGAACCAGCAAUGUUAAACCUGUGGCAAUCUUUGUUGAGCCUGUCUGCUUUGAUGGAAACAGGAUUGUGCCUUGGUCUAAUGUAUCAUUGGAAUCAAGAUCAGUGGUUUUAAUGCUGCAGUGUAAAAUAAAACCGUGCAGUAAUUACAUUGCUGGGAAAGAAUAUACACUGAUUCAUCUGAAUGUUGUGGGAAUUAUGGGGAAAUUACUUUGAAGAGAUCUAGAGAUGUCAGACAGAAAAGGUUUGUGUGUUUGAAGGAACAUUCUUAAUGUAAUGUUUUUUUGUUGCAAGGACCCUGCUCUUUUUCUCAGGCAGUGUUAAACAUUGCCAUUUCUGAGAGAUCAAAAAUACAUGUCUAGGGGCUGCCAGACAGUGGUUGUAGGUGCUUCCUUUAAGAUCUUUGCGUUACACAUUUGGUUUAGCUUCACUGCUCAUGCUUGCCAUUUGUUAGGACACAAAUUGUAGAACUAAUAAAAGAUCGAUUUGAAAGACAGCCACAGAGGUUCAUAGAUACAAAGUUAGGUAAGGCUGAUAUUCAGUUUAAAGUUAUAAUUUCCAAAGCUUCUGGUCCCAAAUGUGCUCUACUCACAUUGACUAUGAACAGCAUAAUGUAUGUAUCUUUCAGGUGGGUGUCCAACUACACCUCUGGACAAUAUUUAACUAGUUUUAGAUACAUUUUAGUAGUUUUGCAGCACAACGUUUGAAGAAAACACCAUAAAUACUGUAUUUUCUGGCGUAUAAGAUGACUUUUUAACCCUGGAAAAUCUUCUCCAAAGUCGGGGGUCGUCUUAUACGCCGGGUAUAGGGUCUAUAUGGCUGCCGGGGGUGCUCACUUCCUUUCAGUCCGGCCGGGAACAGGUAACUGAAUCUCCUGUACCGCGCGGUACCCGGACUGACUGACAGGACGAAGAGGAGCUCGGCCACCCAAUCUGCACAGGGAAGGGGAGGUGAGAAGAAUGUAGGGAGGAUUGGGGGGGGGGAGUAAAAAGAAUAUAUCGCAAUUAGCCUCCUGUGUGCUAGACCAGCAGGCAUGGAUUAUAUGCCCAAACAGCCUGGCACAUACCUGGGCUUUAAAUGCUAUUUCAGAUUAUCAUUAUUUAAUGUCUUGCUGUGUAGCUCUGUCUGCUCACUGUACAUCAUGGCUAUUUUUUAUUUGGUGUGCAUUGGAAGAGGGGUAGUCUUAUACGGCGAGUAUAUCCCAAACUCUAUAUUUUAACUGGAAAAGUUGGGGGUCGUCUUAUACGCCCAGUCGUCUUAUACGCCGGAAAAUACAGUAAAUCACUGGAGUAAUGAAUAUUGUUUUAUUUUCAUUGUGAAAAACUGUUUUAUAGAACAAGAAGAUUCACAAGUUUAUUUGUGAAUUGUUUACAGUUACAAUUUGGACUUUUUUCUUUCCUACCUGUAGACCCCUUUGGAGCUGCAGCGUUGCUGUUACAAUUUGUCAAUAUUUUUUCUUGUAGUUGCACUCUGAUGUUGUACAUAAAAUAUAACACACACUUGCUUUUGGUGAUGACUGAGAUGUGAAUUUGUAAUAUAACUCUUUCAAUCAGGUGGAAAUGCAGUCUGCCUCUGAAGCAGACCUGAAGAUAAGUUCAGUAAGUGAAUCGGAAGCCAUUCCAGUGAAAGAGAUUGAGGAUCCUGAGCUAUUGAAAGAUACAGCACCCGUGUUGGACGCCAAUAAGGUACGCACAAUAUUUACACAAGUGUGUGCUUUAUGCGAGAUAAUGUUGCAGAUUAAAUAAGAGGGAAUUGAGAGCACAUCUAUAACAUUGUCACUCUGGCUGCACCAGUGCUGAGAAAAUAUUUAUACAACAUACAGAUUAAGGCACAGCGCACACACACAAAUAGUCUUACAUUUUACAAGGCUACUUAAAAUUGCCUAUCUCCCUAAAUAAAUAUGGAGAUUCAGUUCCACCAUAUGGCCAUAUUUUGUUAAGCCCACCACCCCACCCAUCUGUUUCCGAUGCCCCUUUGGAUGAAAGUAUAAAUUUGAGGAGGUUUUGUGUAGCAAGGUCACUUUAUUAAUAAUAUUUUUUAUUUUGUUAUAGAGCAGAUAUUAUAUGCAUUGUAAGUACAGACAGUCCCCACUUACCCACCGGGUUCCGUUCUUAAGACUCUGUGGUAAAACUAAUUGGUUGGUAAGUGAGGAUGUGUUAGAGAGACCUGCUAAAGAGCAGGUCUAAGUUCAGGGGAAUUCCCUUCAAGCAUAGAACAGUUCACUAAGGCAGGGAGUCCUGCGAGUCUAUGUUCCGGGAAAAUUCCCCAAACAUAGACCAGCUCUCUAACAUGGGGAAUCCCUCGAAUCCCCACGCUAGAGAGCCGGUUGUAAGUCUGAGCCAUCAUAAAGCAGGUCAGACGCAAAGUGAGGACCACCUGUAUAUACAUAAAAGCACUAUCACUUUGAUUUAGUUAUGACCCUGUAUUUUUAAAUUGUAUUUUUUUUAAAGCACAUUUUUCAUUGUAUCAUAAUGUCAAGGUCUUCUAUUGUAAUAAAUAGGAGAUGAAUGUGGUAACAUUUAGUGCUAAUCUUUACAACUCCAAUAUCAAAUACUGAUCAUUUAAAGGAUUUAUGUUGGCACCCAGACCAAUUCAUCUCAAUGAAGUGGUGUGGGUGCAAUUUUUCCCUCUAGUUUUAACCCAGGCUUGAGUGUCACGCUGACAACUUCUUAGAGGCCCUUCCAACAGAAUUGUCAUGUAAAACUCUAUUUUAAUCUGAUGUCUCCUAGAGGCCAUAUGAUUGGCGCAAAGUCACAUAUAACUGUGCAUGUGCACAUGCCUCGCAGUGCUCUGCUAUGGCAAAACAUUGGCUGGGAUCAGUGAUCUCUAUAAUUUUGGCUAAUGAAGCAUGCCAGAAGGACAGAGACCAGUGUGGCGGGGGCUGAAAGGCAAGUAAAACUCACCUUUGGACUUCACAUGACAGGGGUACAUUAGCACAGUUAGAUAAAAACUACAGCGUUAGGGAAACCUGUUUGCAUUCCUGAUACUAUAGUGUUACUUUAACUGUCAAUAUAUGACAUACCUUGGUGAUAAUCUUUUAUUUAAAUAUAAAUUAGUAAAAAAAAUAAUAAAAAUGGCACAACAGCAGCACUCUUAGUGCUAUGGAAUUUUCCAUGACUUUUAGUUGACAAAUCCUUAAGAACGGUUUAUGGUUUCCAUCUUAACACUAUUAAUGUCAUACAUUGUAAUUUCCUUAUUCUAAUAAGGUCUGCCGAAAAUAAUAAAAUAUACUGUAUGGAUUCUUUCAGGUAAAGGGAUAUUUGAUUCAAUUUCAUGUUAUUUUACAGGUUGAAGAGAUCACAAAGGAAGAAAUUGACAUAUUAAGCGAUGCUUGCAUUAAACUCAAAGAACAGAAAAAGUUGCUAACAAAGGAAAAAGAGGAGCUUUCUGAAUUGAAGGACGACGUUCAGGAGUAUUGCGAGGUAUGCUAGUAAUAGGCCGUUUAACAUCCGUCCACAUGGAACCUUUUACAAUGAAAGAGGCAAUGCAAGUUUACUACUACUCCAAUAUAGUUUUCUUUUCCAGUGUUUGGGUUGGCAAAGCAUUGUGGGAGUAGGGAUUCUGCACCAGGAAGGGGUUCUAACAGUGUAAAAAACAGCUCUGUCUUCUCUCUUAUAAACGAAGUGCCGUUGCAUUUUAGGUUUUAUUUAAGGUUGUCGUUGCAUGCACAGAAUUUUCAGUAUAUAUUAUUUGUUACAGUACUCUACUUGCCUUUGUAGGACUUGCAAGAAAUUAAGAAAGAGCUUUCAAAGACUGGCCAGGAGAUGGUGGUGGAAGAAUCGAAAGCGAGCAAGAGAUUGACUAAAAGGGUAAACCGUAUGAUUGGGCAAAUUGGCAAGAUUAUUACAGAGCUGGAAAAUGAGGAAAAAGUGUUUGAUGGGCACAUAGCAGGAGAGUCUGUUCCUCCUGUUGGGUAAGUGUAUACUGUCUUUGCACAUUGUGUGAAUCCUCAUCAAUCAGAGGCAAGUGUAGUUUUUAUGUGCACAGAUCUGUUACUAACAAGAAGAGGCUAGAAUUCUUCAUCUUUUAAGUCUGUGCCAGAUUUCAGAUGCUUAAUGCUAUGUUCUCAAUGUCACGCUUGCAAAUGAGCAUGUGAGGGUUAAUCCAGGCUGGAGCUUGACUCUGUUUUAACCACUGGACAACCUGUUAUUCAUAUAAAACAAGGCGAAUCGACUUUACCUUCGACUUUAAUAUGCAUGGCAACUGUACAGGUUUUCUUGUACUGCUUCAUUACAUUUCCAAGUGCGGCUUUAGAACAUAGAAUAUGAUCAGUUAUGUUUUGUCUGUUUUUUUUUUUUGUACAAUGGAAGAGUGUUCUCACUUCCUGCCUUUAGUGCUUAUAACUAGGGCUGAGCAUAAGUUAUGGAGAAGGAGUAGGACAAAUUACAUUUAAAGCAUCACAUUAUUGUCCGUAAAAAAUUGUUUCUAAAACAUUUUUGUUUUAAAAAACAAACAAAAAAAAAAAAAACACAUAAACAAAAAAAAACCCAGCACAGCAUUUCCAUUAAAUUCGGUUAUCAGGCAAGUCCUUGUUGUAACAGCUAUGGCCGUUUAGUGCCAGUAAUGAGUCUGUGGUCUUCCGUCCAUCUGACUUGCCACUAAUCUGUAUAUUGUCCAUGUUACUCAGUAUAAUGUGAAGUGUCAGGAAUAAAAGACUUUUUAGGCCAGAAUAGUCAUAUCAGAAAAUUUGAAGUCUGCCAACAAGUUUAUUUUGUAAACUCUGAUUUGAUCAGACUUAGAAUAUGAAAGGAGCAAUAAAUGCUAAAAUAAUAUAGUUUAUUAAACAACCCUAAAUGUCUUCACUUUUCUAUUCUGGCCAAAAAUCUAAUGUUUACUUUGACUUGGUAACAAUUUACUCUUUAGUGACUAUACAAUUCCUAAGUAGGUUGGGCAAGUUCUCUUAUUGACUUCACUUUGUUAGAGCUAGACAUGUUCUGCAACGUAUGGCUUCAUUCAAGAAAAACCAUGAAUGAAGCCACGUAGCAAGCCUAAACAAGCUGCGCUACAAUGGUUAAUGGCCAGCGCUUCCAUUGAAACCAAUGAGAGACCUAGCAAUCUUCUCUUACAAUCAGACCAGGGAAAUUCAGAGGCAUUUAUGGUCUUGGUGACAAAACAUGAAUUUGGUACCUCCUGCUUUUUGUCAAGUGUAGAAAAACUACAAAGACAAAGUAGUCCGUACUUUGAAAAAUUGCAUUUCUAUGAAGGCCAAAAAGUCUUUAGUUUUAUCUCAAUAAGCAUGAAAGCAACUCCAGCUUGCUGCUAAGAUAUAAAUAUUUUUUUGUGUUUUCUGGCAAUGUUCCACCUUGAAUUUAUAAUAAAAUUCUGCUUACAAGUUUGCAAGUUUGCUUACAAGUUUGCACAUUGUGUGUGCAGUUUGUAUGUCUGUUUGAAUAAUCUUGCAUUUCUGUUUGUAGUCAAAAUCCAUAUAAAACAUGUGUUUGCAGUGGUUUAUUUUGCUUUAUGUACAUUAAUGCAAUCACUUCCAGGUCCAUGUAACCACCAUGAGAGGUUCCCUGGCUUAAUUGCUACUACCAACCUCCCCUUAAACUCUUCUGCUUGCUCUGUCUCCUCAUUUUAACUCCUUAACUGUUUGCUGUACACAGAUUGUAUUUCGCCUUUAGGGAAAACCUUGUCAGCAUCCAUGAACUCAUCAACAUCAUGAGGCACAUCCAGAAGAUUCCAGAGCAGAAAUUAUUAAGAAUUGCUGCAGCUCUUGAUGAAAACAAGGAUGGGAAAAUCGAUAUUGAUGAUGUAGCCAAGGUAAGUGCUGUUAAAAGGGUGUUGGAAUAUAGAUCCAGAAAAGGCCUGUAUUGUAAUGUGGAAUUGAAUCCUGUCAUUAUUUUGAUUAUGUUUAUUAAAGUGAUGAAACAAAUUUGUCUAAGAAAAGAAGCUGAAAGGAACUAUUUUCUGCCAGUUUUUGGAGAAAUUCCAAUUUCAAGCUCUCAUAUUUAUAAUUGUGGAAAAAAUUCAGCCAGAUUUCUAGUGUAAAAAAUCCUGGAAAUAUUCCUAAAUCCAUUGCAUUGGCGAAAAAUUUGACAAGGCACAAUUAAAAAAAAAUAAAAAAAAUUGCACCAAACUUUCACAGAAAACUAGACCGGAAAGUGUCUGCAACACUGACAGGUCACUCACCAUGUUUUUAAUGGACAGGAGAAAGAUUUCACAUCUAAAAACAACUAAUCGUGUGUGGCAAGCACUAAACAUACUAAAAUAUAGCAGCUUAAACACUUGUGCAGAGCACCUUCCCCCUGCACAAAUAAACAAAGACCCAAUACAAAUAUUAUAAGUGAAUAAAUGCCAAUAAUAGUGGAGUGCUAAAAACAAAUAAACAAGGGCUGUCUUACCCUCUUGUACACAUAAUUAAAUAGGCAAGUCAAACAAGCAGCAGAUGUAAAACAAGAACAGGGACACGAAAAGAUAGUGCAGAUGGUAUGGUACACUGUGGGGUCACAAUAGUGAUAACCAGUAAACAUAAGUAAAAAUAGCCUUCUAAACGCGUUUUGCCACGCAGCUUCUUCAGUUUGCAGUAGGCAACUUUUGCUGAUAUUUACUGGUUAUCACAGUUAUAUGCAUUGGGAUGCUUAGGCUCUUACAAGGUAAGCAAGUCAUUACACCUUAAACCACUGUCAAGUUUUAUUUACCCCAGUCGUCACUAGUAACAGCUGAGGGGGGAAAAGACUGUCUGUGGAAGCUCCUGCGCUCUCAUGGGAUCCUGCAUAGACCUCAGUUUUGUAUUCUCUGACAUACGCAAGAGUACAACACUGAUGUGGACUCCUAGCGGAUGCAACCAGCUGCUGAGAGGACCAGCAGGACAGGCUGCGCGGGACAGGUUCCGGCAUGUGAAAUGCACCUUCCAUGCACCCUGCUGCCAAUAUACAAUAUAUUGAGACAAAAAUCACAUGUUUCUAACCCUGCACUCUGUUGUCUGCAUCUGCUGCAAAGAGUGAUGCUUUGUUCCGGUUUCCCCCUGCCAAAAAACCCCAAAACAAACCCUUAUAAAGCUUGAGAACAAGGUGAAAAAGACAUUCUCAAUACAACUCUACAUUAUAAAUUGUGUGUCUUGAAGUGCACUACAAUUAAAUAAAGAAGGUAAUACAGAUAAACAAAUACAAGGAAGAGUAAUGUAGUAGGGGAGAUUUAAUACUAAGCAGGUAUCCACAAUAAACCCGUUACCACUUCUUUUCACCAUAUAGAAAACAAUUUUCUAGAAUGUCUUAAAGUUUUGAAGGGCAGUAAGAUUUUUAGGUACUACCAGAGCAUAAGUUGAAUUUUUGAAAUAAAAAUAUUUGCAUAAUUGUUGCCCAGUGGUUAUAUGUUCACUGGGAGUUUAGUGGUGUAGCUAUAAUACAGUGCAAAGCCUAGGGGCGGGGACUAGAUCCUCUGCUUUAAUUUCUAUUCUAGGCCUGCCUACCCACCCAGAUCAACAGGAGCGACAAUUACAUAUUUAUGUGCAGCCACAUGGGCUAUGGAAAUGGAAGUCUAUUCUAAGCAUAAUUGUUUAACUUAUGUAGUGUGUUUUUUUUUUUUUUUUUUACAAGCUGGGUGUUGGGUUAUAGGGCUCCCUGCGCUAAUGUUACUUCCUACAUCAUGGGAAUCCUUUUCACAAGGAGUUAGAGGACUUUUCUUACUCCAAAUAGAAUGUAAGCUCGUUUGAGCAGGGUCCUCUUCAACCUAUUGUUCUUGUAAGUUUUUUUUUGUUAUUGUCCUAUUUAUAGUUAAAUUCCCCUCAUAAUAUUGUAAAGCUCUACAGAAUCUGUUGGUGCUAUAUAAAUGGCAAUAAUAAUAAUAAUAAUAAUAACAUAGAAAAGUAGAUUUUGGUCUGUGUGGCAUUUGUGAAAGAACCAUGACAACUGCAGCUGAUCACCUGGCUCCAGUAUAAACAUAAACAUCUGCUUUAUACGACAGCAUUUUUUUUAACAUGUGAAAUUUCUAAAAUUAAAAUAAAUGUUUUGCAAAGGUGCAAAUACCGGUCAUUUACAAUUCUUUAAUCUCGUUUUCUAACUAGCUUGUGGAAUUAAUUGACAAAGAAGACAUAGACAUCACUACCAACCAGGUUGCUGAGAUCAUGGAACUUCUGCAGAAAGAAGAAAAGCUGGUUGAGAAAGAGAAGGCGAAAGAAAAGGCCGAGAAGGACCAAGCAGCAGAACUUCAAAAUUAACGCAUCUAAUUCACAUCCUGCCCAGCCCAGUGCAUUAUUCUUGCAGCUGCUACCAUGCCCCAAAUUUAUAAUGCUUCUGCGAUGAUUUCAUUGCCAAGCUACAUCAAUGUACACUAUGUUACGGAGUGAAAUAAAGACUUCCAUUAUCAAGCAAGUCAUUUACUGUCAUUCCAUCGCUGUCUGCAUUUUAGGAAGGCAGAGUACCUGCCCAAGUGCAUUUGUUCUCCCAGCUGUGGGGUAAGCUUUUGGUCAGGGGUAGCCUACAGGUUGAUCUACAGCUGUUGCAGAAACUCAACUCCCAUGAUGCUUUGCCACUUUGGCAGUCAAUAGACCUUCAUAUGUGCACACUCAUGACAUUUGUGGCGGUACAUGUGUGUGCAUAUAUGGAUAUAGAGCAAUAUAAACUUGUAACAAACAAUAUAUAGCUACAUGUGUUAUUGAUUUUUUUUUUUUAAAUUUUUGUUUAUUUAAAAAAAAAAAAAUUUUUUUUUGCACUGAUAUAUAAAUGAAAAGCUUCUAAUGUUUGGAUUGUAAAUUAUAUCUUAAUGCCUUGGAAUAUUUUUUUUUUCCCUUAACAAUAAUAAAAUCAUCCAUCCAUUUUUUAAUUUAUAUAAAUAUAUAUUCAGAAAACAUUGUUUUGGUAUUGGCGUAGCCACAAUAAUGAUUAUAAUAUGAUUUGUGUUCUGAUUCUACAGCAGUGUUUUAUUGUAUUUUAAAAUUGCUGUGGUUUUUUUUGUUUUUUUUUACUUGAACUUUAAUUUAAAGUCAUGCUGUUGCCUUUGUGGCAAAGAAUGUAUAAUUAUGGUUUAAUGCUUUUGUUUUUGUGUGGUUUUCAUUUUUGUUUAUUUUUUUUAUAUAAAUGCCUUCAUGCCUAGCGUGGGGGAAAAGCAACUCCUAUUGCUAUAAAAAUAUAACUGGUGCUGUAGGGCUCAUAAAAACAGGAAUGUAUUAUUUCAUUGCUUUUUGUUUCUUUGUGUUACAAAACAUUCAUAAAAGAUCUUUUACUUGAUUUACUACUCGUUAUAGCGCUUACUGCAUAUUACACAUACUUAUAUGUGUAGUAUUGAUAGCAUUUAAAGUGAGCCUCUCCAUAUCUUCAGGUUCCCUACUAAGCUCUGUCAUCAUGUAAGGUUUGUGUGCUAUGGAAGAUAAUCGUAAAGUGAGCCGUACCAAUUUUAUGCUAUUUAUUCUCAAUGGUUGUUUUUUUUUUUUUUUUAAGCAUCAGAGAAGCUUUUAUUCAAAAUAACCUGCCUUUCAGCUUCCUUUUUUUUUUCGAACUUGAUAGACAUGAUAUUAGUUUGCAUAAAAAGCAACUCAAAGGCUGCCAGAAUAAUCACGGAGGAUAAUUAGCUUAACAUUUUAAGGCUUUUGAUUUCUUUCCCCCAUUUUGAUCAAGAUAGCAUAAAAACUUGGAGCCUGGUGUGUCAUUAAAUAUGGGCUUUAUUUAUACACCGUUGAAAACUAGUGUUUGAUUUUCAUGUGAACUUUUAUGGUUGCUUUUGAUCAACAAAGCAUUUGUCUGUAAACCAAAUUCACAGAAUGUUCUUGUAAAGGAAUGGUAAUGCAUUUUCUUUCCUCUUUAAGAACUAUUUAAAUACCUACACAUCACGUGUAAAAACAAACUUGUUUUGGAGGUAUUGAGCCCCCGGUAGGGAGCCUGUAUCGUCUUGAUAAGAUCAUGCUUCUCCCAUGCCCUCCACAUUCACACACUAUUUGUAUAUAAGCAGCUGGUAGUAGAACACUCUGUGACAGCCAGACAGCUGCCAAAAAAUGUGUGAACAUUUUUUAUUUUUUUAUUUUAAAGUUACUCUUUGAUUGCUGGACAGCUAAACAAUUUCCUAUAUUACACUGCUUGCCUCGGCGUCACACAAAGGUUUGACGCCUUGUAGAAUGCAGGAUAAUUUUUCCCCCAAACAAAAAAAAUAGGAUAUGCUUAAAAGAAAAAAAAAUAUUCUUUCUUUUUAAUGCAAGAUAAAUAUUGUUGUUUUUACUAUUCUUAUUAUAGUAGAAUGUAGUCAUGCUAUAAACUUUUGUUAGAAUUUGUAAUCUUGUCUGUUGUCAACUAUUCUUAAACAGAGGCCAGUAUAGAGGGCAGGGGUAGAAUCCUGUAGGGGUUUUAUGGUCAAGAGAGUCUUGUGAUAAAACCACCAUUCAGGGUCAUUUGUGCUGUAGUCUAUAUUGUAGAUAUUGGUAGCAAUAUGUCUUGCUUUAAAUACAUUUUCUUUUGUUUUCUAAAAAAUAUAUAUUGAUAUUGGGGUGUAUUUUAAACAGACCUAAAACAAAUACCUGUUUAACCUGAAUGGCAGAGGGUCGAGUAUAGCAUUCUUCGUAGUACACAAAGGGUUGGACUAUAGAAAAUAUAAAGCUAGUAUGCUUAGUUAUAAACCUAUGAAUUCAUUAACUUUUAUGUAAAACAUAUAUAGAAUAAUGUUCUGAUUUAUAAAGUAGCAAAGCAUCUCCAGAUCAUUGUAGGAUAUUUUGGACUAAAUACUUUCUACCAAAGUUUGCGUAUCUCCUCUUUUCUGAUGAGUUUAUUCAGAAAUUAUUUUAAUGGGAAGUAAAGGAAACAAGGGUUUGUAACCUAAAAUGCACAAUCCUUUCACUUCAAGGCACUGGGCAUAGACAAUACGAUUGCAACUGUUGAUCUGGUAUGGUGGUUAGGUAUUUGAUUGUCCCAUACUUUGAAGUGGUUAUAAAGGGGAUUAUUCCAAGGAGAACUUCAGAUAGCACCAGACACUCUUAAUGUAUUUUUUCAUAAUGUAGUGAUGAUAAAGAUUGUAACAGUGGGUCCUUAGACUGAUGUCUGAGAUUUGGGUAUAACCCUUUGAGUGCCACGCUGCUCUGCUCACCUCUACAGCAAUCCUAUUGUGCUUUGUAUUGUAGCACUAAAUAAACAUUGAUUGUGUUGUAAUGACCACUGUAAUUAUAUAUUCUUUUAAGAGCAUUCACUUAAUAUCAAGUGUUAAUUGAAAUAAAUUUGUUUGCUAUUGAUCUCCUUAACGUUAAAUUUUUUUAUUUGCUUGAUUUCAGAUGUUUUUGCGGGUAUUAAUAAAAAUGUUAAAUGUGGCUUUCAUUUCUGUUUUGCCUCAACAUGCUUUGUUUAAUGCUCCAAAUGUAUCAUUCAAUGUUCAUUCACUUUAAGCAAAGGCAUAACAAUACUAAAGACAACAUUCUAG